AUAGAUAAUACGGUUUUAUACAGGUUUUCCUAUGACGUAAAUUAUCAUUUGUUUUUCUAAGUAAAUAAAUUACAAAUAAAUAAUUCGUCUUGCUUCCUUGCACGGACUCUCUUCAAGUCGUUUUAUUUAAAUACAAGUAAAAUAAGUAAUUAUUCGUACGCUGUGGCUUCAAAAAUGGUUAGGGGUUAAAACGCACGUGACUUGAGACACCCCUGAAAGGGAUGGCUUAGGAAUGCAAGAUAGGUAAGUACGGUUCCAAGUUCAUAUCAAAAUCAACAUCCUGCAAAAGGCGAAAGGAUUCCAGUGACGUCUGCUCGUGAACCGAAUGCUGCAAAACAGCAUAACGAAACAUUAAAAUUCAAUCAGUAAGUAAUAAACUGUUUUAAAAAGCGUACGACUUGCAUAAUUUAGUUAUUAUAUAAUACGCAUGAUAUUUCAAAGACGUUUUGGUCAAAAAUAUUAGGCUAUCGUAAAAUAAGAAGCUCUAACAAAGAUAUUCAACAAUUAUAAUAUGUUCUUUCACAAAAUCGAAAAAUAUAAAACAACAUAACGUUGUAAAGAGAUAAUCAAUAAGGACACGUAGAUAUACAUAAUGACAGGAAAAUACCGAAUGCUUUAUUUUCUAACAUUUCUAAGAUAGGUCAUUAUUUUUUGAAAAACAGUUUUUUUUUAAUCUAGGUUUAAGUUUUUCUGUAUUUCCUGUUUAACAAAAAUGUAUUAAUAUUUAUUUGACAUUGACAUUUAUUUGAAAAUGUCAUCUGUCAGAUAUCCUUUACUCUUAUAUGAAGCGGAAACUUACUAAUCUUUUUCAGCUAAUAACAAUAUUUCGUUUAGUUAUUUACAGUUGUAUAAGAAUUGAUUUAUUAUUCUAUUAUCUUAAUGAUUGUCAAUUUAUUUGGAUAGUAAGGUGGAAAGAUCAAUAUGCACGUGUGCAUGAAUGUUAUUUAUUAAUAUAGUUUAGUAAAUAUAAGCUUAGUAGCAAACAAAAAAUUCCAUAAUUCGUUCACUUGUCGCUACAUUUUAAUGAUGGUUCUACACGAAUAAAAAUUGUUAAAGGCGAAAGCGAAAUGAGGUUAGUUUCACUAAGAACACGUGGUAAUGACAAGGAAAAGAUUGAACUUAAAAUUGAUGAAAACUGAUUACAGAGGGCAGAGACUAACCAGUAAAAAAUGAUACAAUACUAUAUAAAGCAACAAUUCCUGAUACAAAGCAAAUGCUACUAGAUAUUUCAAAUACAGGGAAAACCACAAGUUCCAUAUAUUUAAGAUAUUAAUGCAACAAUUCUAUUAAACAAAUUAAUUUUCCAAAUAGACGGUUCAACUGAAGUAUUAUUAUAAAUGAGCUUGCAUCUUUAGAAUAAAAAAUGAGAAAAGUAGUCAAAGGAAGAAAGUAUAUGCUAAGUAACAAUACACUACAACUAGAAGAAGCUGAAGAAUAUAGAACCAGAAUAGGAAAGGACAAUAAUAUAGUUCUAAGAUAACUAAUGACUCGAGCAAACUUGAGAAACGAUGUAGAAAUAUUGUUUCCAAAAAGUCAUUGUGGAAAGUCAAAAUGGAAAUACUUAUUAUACUUAUUGAUACUUUAUAAUAAUAUUUAACAAAAAUAUCAUCAAUUGUCUCUCUUUCUUUUCAGCUGACUUGUACCAGAGGCGAAAGGCAAUACCUUCUCUAUAGUCAGAAGAUAGAAAACAGAUACCCCAAGAUGGGCAACGCAGAUUAUAUGCAGCUUACUAUACCUAAUUACUCAUAUGUUUUCAACUUUGAAAAAACUUACUCUUACACAAAUUCUCUAACAUGGAGUAGAAGCCAUUACCCAAAUUGUUUCUUAUAUUGUGGGAUCUACGCUGUCAUAAUCUUUGGUGGGAAACAUUACAUGUCAAAUAGACCAAAGUUUAACCUGAGAAGCAAACUUGCUUUGUGGAGUGCAAUGCUUGCAUUAUUCUCCAUUAUGGGAUUUCUUAGGACAGCACCAGAAAUGUUUCAUACGUUAAGGCAUCAUGGAUUUUACUAUAGUAUUUGUUCACCUAGCUACCUUACACAAGACCACGUUUCUGGUUUUUGGACAUUCUUGUUUAUCUUAUCAAAAAUUGCUGAACUCGGAGACACAAUAUUCAUCGUGUUACGAAAGCAACCGUUAAUCUUUCUACACUGGUACCAUCACAUAACAGUUCUUCUUUAUUCGUGGUUAUGUUAUAUAGAAACUACAGCAACAGGCAGAUGGUACACCGUAAUGAAUUACUUCGUCCAUUCAUGGAUGUACUCUUAUUAUGCUUUAAAAGCAAUGCAAUUCAGCCCGCCAAAAUGGGUUGCCAUGCUUAUCACUACGUUACAACUGGUACAAAUGGUUGCCGGUUGCGCUGUAACUGCUAUGAGUCACUAUUACGUAGCAAGUGGACGAGAUGAUUGCCACGUUCAGCUUUACAACGCCAAGCUUGGAAAUAACACAUAAAAAUGCACAAGACAGUUCGCAUAGUUUAUAAUUUUCACAAUAUUAUUAUGAGCAAUAGAGUCAACAUGGAUACUGAAACUUUGAUGCGAUUCUAUUGACAAAAGAAAAUGGCAAUUCUCUGUUAAAUCACGAGACAAGUACAUAUAUUUAUAUGUAAGUAUACCAUUAAUUUUGCAAUAAUAAAUGCAAUCUUAUUUGUUACAUGUGUAGCCAUUGUGUUGGCUAUGCCAAUUAAACAUGGCCGGCGUAAUUUCUUUGAACAUUCUUAGAAGCUUUUUCUUGGCUUCACUAUUUUCCUCUAAUAUUCGUCCGAAAAAAAUUUCGUCCAAUUUUUGUUCAAAGUAUUAAUUUUUUUAAACGUAUCGUCGAAGAAUAUUAUACAGUAGGCGAAUAUUAAUCUUAUAGUCAUUAACUCAAUAUUAUGUAUAAUAUUCUGUUUAAAACAAAUUCUAUACAUAGUUGUAUAAUUUAAAUGUAUGUAUAUAGAUAUAGACUUUCUAUACAGGGUGCUUCAUAAAUAAGUGAUCAAACUCUGUCAUAUUUUAUCCUCCAUAAAAGUGAAAAAAAAAAAAAAAUUAUACAAUAUACACACAGAUCCAAAAAUUGAUUAAAACUAUUCCUUUCCGAAAUAUGAAUAUUUCCUGUUUAUGAUAGUAUGUAUUAGAAAUGCUUUAAGAAAUUGCUGAAACUAAUUUCAAUACUAACACAACACUACAGACGUUCGUCCACUGGAUAUUAGAAUUCAUUAUCCUGAUAAUUGCAUAUUUAGGAGAUGUUGAUCAAUUAUUUUAUUCCGAUCUUGAAAUAAUAGUUCCAUUUACUUCGAAUAAAGAUAAGCUUGAGAUGUUUCUAAUAAAUGAUGUAAGCUACAAUGUUAUUUAAUUUAUUACAUUUUCUAGAUGCCCAGAAGGACUUUACACAUCGAGAUGAACUUAUAGGAAAGCUACUUUCUUUACUUUCGGUGAUUUUUUAAAGGUCAACAUAUUCAACGAGUUUCUCCUAUACAUAUAACCGGCAGUCUUGAAUCUUGACAUAGUUUCAACAAUUAAAAAUACUACGCUGCCGAAAGAUUGUAGUACCCGAAAAAUUGACACAUGGCGCCCAAGCUAAUGCCACCAACCUUAUGCGCGCUUCGUAUGAAAGCGUAUGAUGUAUCGUCUACAGGAAUCAUCUCAUCAAAUUUUUUUACGACCAGUUUGCAUUCGCAAACUGAAACGUAUAUGAAACUGAUAGAUAUGUAUAAUGUAUAAUCAUAUUAUACAGGGUGAUAGGUAACUGGUGGUACAAGCGGAAAGGGGGUGAUUCUACGCGAAAAAAGAAGUCGAAAAUAUAGAAUAACAAUUUUUCGUUCGGGGCUUUGUUUUCGAGAAAAUCGACUUUGAAUUUUCGCUCGGUACGCGUCGUACUUUAUCACGUCUCGUUGCAAACCGCCGUGUAGCAGGCAACCGAUACCAACGCGUACGCUUACUGUUUCUUAUAAAUUUCUUACGAAUAUCUUGGAAAUUAGAACCAUCCGUAGGGAAAAGUCAUUCAAAAUCAUACUGCCGGUAACAUAUUAAACAAUGAUUGAAAUCAUUCUAAUUUAAAAAAUCAUGAAGAUGAAAAAUUGUCAUUAACACUUAGCCAACCGAAUAGGGAGAUCUCCCCUCUGUAAAGUACAUCGCUGCGUGACCGAACAGGGAGAUCUGCCUUUUUGACUUUUUUUUUUGUUAUUAUCAGUUAUUGUUUAUCUGGAAUUGUUCCCAAUUAAUUGCGCCACUUUUUCUGCUUUUAUAAUGUACAGCAUAUAAUAAAAUACAGCGAUCUAGUGGUGUUAAAAUUAAUUCAAAUAUUACACUAUCGGUUAUGACUAAAUGAAGUUAUAAUCGAACGAUACCACAUUGUAAAAAGAUAUUAAAAUGCAUUAUGAAUUUUUAAUUACA